AUGCCCCGAAACGAUCGCAUCUCACCUACAUCGAAGCUGCCGACUAUGCUCAUCCCACGACCUCCUCGACUGAUUGUCCUACCACUUCACUCCCUUGUACAGCCAGCAGCCAUCCGGACACCGGGCAGCUUCCGCAAUUAUUCGCUUUUCAAAGCAUGGAAGGGGACGACUCCUGAAGAGAACUCGGUAAACCGGGGUAAGGAGGGGGAUACAAAUGAUCCCUCGGCAGAUGCCACGGCCACCGGGAUGAAGGAGAGGGAGGUGAACGAAGGCAUUGCAGACGAAACCAAGUCCCAGGGAACAACAGAAAGAGGCGGACACAAGUAUGGUGAGAGGGCCAAGAAGGAAUUCCCGAAUGCUCCUGAGCCGGUUAUUGGGAUGAAUGAUGAGCGAGCUCGGAAAGGCGACUGA